CGGAAGUAUCAACAUGGAGGACAGCAGAAAAGCUUCCACGAAUUCACUUCUGAAAGAUGAGUGCUAUGCUGAUUUCCUGGCAGAGGACUUUGAUGUGAAGACAUACACUGCCCAGGCUAUUCACCAUGCUGUCAUCGCUGAGCAGCUGGCCAAGCUGGCACAAGGCAUUAGUCAGCUGGACAAGGAGCUGCACAGCCAGGUGGUGGCCAGACAUGAAGACUUACUGGCUCAGGCGACUGGAAUAGAGUCUCUUGAAGGGGUCCUCCAGAUGAUGCAGACAAGGAUCAGUGCUCUACAGGCGGCUGUUGACAGGAUAAGGACCAAGAUUGUUGAUCCGUACAACAAGAUUGUUGCCAGGAUCACCCAGCUUGCCAGACUGCAGGUGGCCUGUGACCUUUUGCGGAGGAUCAUUCGUAUCUUGUACUUGAGCAAGAGGCUCCAGGUUCAGCUACAGGGGGGCAGCAGGGAGAUCACCAAGGCUGCCCAGAGCCUCAACGAACUAGACUAUCUGUCUCAAGGUGUGGAUCUGAGUGGCAUCGAGGUGAUUGAGAAUGACUUGCUGCUGAUCAGCAGAGCCAGGCUGGAGGUGGAGAACCAGGCCAAGAGGCUACUGGAGCAGGGCAUGGAGAUCCAGAAUCCAACUCAGGUUGGCACGGCCCUGCAGGUCUUCUACAACCUGGGCAGUCUGAGAGAAACAAUCAGCUCUGUAGUGGGGGGUUACCGCACCACCAUACAGGACAACAUCACCAGUGCCCUGGACAUUAAAGGUCUAACACAGCCGGCCAACCCCAGAGGUGCCCCCGGCAGAGCAGUGCUGCCAACACCAGGGAACACCGCAGCUUUCCGUGCUGCUCUGUGGACAAACCUGGAGAAACUGAUGGACCAGAUAUGUGCUGCAUGCAAACAGGUGCAGCAUCUGCAGAAGGUCCUGGUGAAGAAGAGGGACCCUGUCACUCAUGUGUGCUUCAUCGAUGAGAUCAUCAAGGAUGGUCAGCCUGAUAUCCUCUACACCUUCUGGACUGAUGUAACCAACACACUUAGUGAGGAGUUUCACAGAGCAACUGAAGCCUCGUCCUUCCUGAAGCAAGCGUUUGAAGGAGAGUAUCCUAAACUGUUGCGGCUGUAUAACGAGCUGUGGCGGCGCCUGCAGCAGUACAGCGCCAGCCUGCAGGGGGCACUGACAAGCAGCGGAGGGAUGGACGCCACUCUGGACAUUACCGCCACUGAGACAGACAGCCAGGACCUCUUCACGCAUGGCAAACAAGACUACAACCCGGAAAAGGCUCUAAAGGACUCUCUGCAGCCGUACGAAGCAGCAUACCUCUCCAAAUCCCUCUCUCGCCUGUUUGAUCCCAUCAACCUGGUGUUUCCCAUGGGGGGCCGUAACCCGCCCUCCAACGACGAGCUGGACAGUAUCAUCAAGACCAUAAGCAGUGAACUGAAUGUAGCAUCAGUGGAUCCAAACCUCUCUCUGGCUGUGGCCAAGAAUGCUGCCAAGACCGUCCAACUCUUCUGUGUCAAGUCUGAACAGCUGUUGUGUACUCAGGGUGAUGCCAGUCAGGUGAUUGGUCCAUUAACAGAAGGCCAGAGGAGGAACGUUUCUGUGGUCAACUCCCUCUACCGUCUGCAGCAGGCUGUCACCAAGAUUAUUUCAGGUUUGGGAUCGUGUCCACCGGCUGCUGCGGAGGCCCUCUCUUCUUCUUUGGAGGGAGUGCAGGCCCUGAUGAGCAGCGCGGUACAGCCUCUGCUGCAGUCAGUGACUGACUCCAUCGAGGCCAUCAUCAUCACAUUACACCAGGAAGACUUCUCAGGGCCGUUGUCCAGCCCUGAUAAGCCUGACGUUCCCUGCUCGCUCUACAUGAAGGAACUACAGGGUUUCAUCUCCAGAGUGAUGGCCGACUACUUCAGACCCUUCCAAUGCGUGGACUUCAUCUACGAGAGCACCGAGUCCAUCGCUCAGAGAGCCAUCGAGCUGUUCAUACGCCACGCCAGUCUGCUGCGCCCGCUGGGCGAGGGCGGCAAGAUGAGGCUGGCAGCUGACUUUGCACAGAUGGAGAUGGCAGUGGCUCCUCUCUGCAGAAGAGUGUCUGAUUUGGGGAAACCGUACAGAAUGCUGCGUUCUUUCAGGCCUCUGCUGUUUCAGACCAGCGAGCUGAUAGCCAGCAGUCCAGCUGUGGGUGACCUGAUCCCCUACAGCACCCUGCUGCACUUCUUCUUCACCAGAGCUCCGUCUGAACUCAAGUCACCUCACCAGAGAGCAGAGUGGUCCAUCGCUCGUUACUCCCAGUGGCUUGAUGAUCAUCCCUCUGAGAGAGACCGGCUCUCCCUCAUCAGGGGGGCUCUGGAGGCCUACGUGCAGUCGGUGAGGGCUCGGCAGGGAAAGGAGUUCGCACCCAUCUAUCCCAUCAUGCUCCAGCUGUUGCAGAGAGCCACCAGUGGUUCACAGGAGGCCAGAGCCUGAGGAGCAGCGCAGCAUUUACCUGACUGCAGAGUGAAGCUCUGUCAGAGCUACUGUGAGGAGGGUACGAGAAGGCAGAGGAUGCUGUUUGUUGGGAUCGGGUCUAGCUGUAUGCACACUACUUCAAGCUUCCUCUGGAUAUACGUAUUUAUUACUCUAACAACUAGAACUGUAAUUUUUUACCGUUUUGACUGAAUCAAAUGACUGUUGCGUAGGGAUGCAUGGGAUAUUUCAUUUUGCUCUUUUUACUUCUGAUUCUAAUAACAGACAGCGGCACUCUUCAUCGAACCAAAAAUGUAAGUUAUUUGCUCCAAAUGUUAUCUUGCAGGACCAAAUCUGAUCAAAAGUUGUCUCUUAGAGAAAACUAACUGUAACAAAUAUAAUUCCAGAAUUAUGAAAAGGCAUCUGUAAAGACAGCUGUAAAAAUGUAAUGACUGAUGUAAUGGUGUACAUACUGUAGUGGUAACACUUUACUUCAAGGCCCCCUAUAUAGUAGAUAUAAGGACAUUUUAACUGUUUAUUAAGGUUCAGUAUUUGUCAACAAUUCUAACUUCUCCUAUGAAGACAUGUUAUAUUAGGACUGUAUUAUUAUAUUGUCAUUCAUUAUCUGUUUAUACAGCAGCCUUCACUUAUCAGUUCCACAGGAGGAGUUCUAAUUGUCGACUAAAACAUCAACUCUUACAACUUACUAAAUGUGUCUGUGGGGAGUGAAUAAGUGACUCUUGGGAAAUAAAUGGAGAAAUAUUU